AUCAAAUCUUUUAGUCUCUCUCUCUAUUCAUCGUUUUCAGCGCGGUGGCCCUCAUUCUCACUUCCCGCAAAGCAUAUACAGGCUGUAUUGGAGCUCUCAUUCACUCCAGGUAUUAUACCACCCGCCCGAUAUGGCCUUUAUUUGUCUUGAUAAUGGCGACACUCGUAACGUUUUGGUAGCACUCCAUAGAAGUUGUACCGGUUCAUUUCCUUCCUGGGUUUUGAAGGUGUAGUGUUUUUCUGGACCGGAGAGUGGGAAACAGAUCCAAAGUUUGAAUCUUUGAAUGCCAUUUCGGAUUAUAAUAUAAUAUAGUCUGAAAUGGGUCUGUCUUUCGGGUGGUGGGCUAACGUGAAAAUGGAGAAUCCAAAUGACUGGGCAAUGGUGGAGGUGGAGCUGGAAACAGAGGAUAAUUGCCUGUCAUUGCCUGCCGCCCAUUACUGCCGCGAGAAAGUACGGCACAAGAACGCGAAGCAGCUCACGUGGGUGAUCCUUCUCAAGGCGCACAGGGCCGCCGGCUUCUUAACGUCAGUUGUCACGGCAUUUUUCAGCCUCGCAUCCGUCGUGCGCCGCCGCGUCACGGACUCCAUUGACACCGAGAAUGGGGCCGUCAAGACUCGAUUUUUCACCUGUGUAAAGGUUUUUCUUUGGCUCUCUGUAGUCUUGCUAGGGCUGGAGAUGUCUGCAUUUUGUAAAGGCUGGCACUUUUUUGCCCCAGAUCUUCGAUUACAGUAUAUAUACACUUUGAUUGAUAGUUUUGCUGUUCAUGGUGCGUUUGAUUGGCUUUAUUCCAAUUGGGUUUGGAUUAGGGUGAAGUAUUUUGCUCUCCCUCUCCAAUUCUUGGCCAAUGUGUGCAUUAUUCUUUUCCUUAUCCAAAGUUUGGAUAGGUUACUCCUCUGCCUGGGUUGUUUCUGGAUUCGGUUGAGGAAGAUCAGACCAAUUCUCAAAGAAGGGGCAAUGGACCUGGAGUCUGGGGAUGAGGGAGGUGGUUUCUUCCCAAUGGUUUUAGUUCAAGUCCCCAUGUGCAAUGAAAGAGAGGUUUAUCAGCAAUCUAUUGCUGCAGUGUGCAGUUUAGACUGGCCGAAAGCGAAACUGUUGAUUCAAGUUCUUGAUGAUUCAAACGAUUUGAUAACUCAAUCAUUGAUUGAAGAGGAGGUGCAUAAGUGGCAGAAGGAUGGUGUGAAUAUCGUGUACAUGCAUAGAGUGAAUAGGGAGGGAUACAAAGCUGGUAAUCUUAAGUCUGCCAUGAAUUGCAGCUAUGUCAAGGACUAUGAAUUUGUUGCCAUAUUUGAUGCUGAUUUUCAACCCUCCCCAGAUUUCCUUAAAAGAACAGUACCAUAUUUCAAGGAUAACGGGGAACUAGGAUUGGUUCAGGCAAGAUGGUCGUUUGUGAACAAGCACGAAAAUCUACUGACAAGAUUGCAACUCAUUAAUUUGGCAUUUCAUUUCGAAGUGGAGCAGCAGGUGAAUGGUAUCUUCCUGAAUUUCUUUGGUUUUAACGGGACUGCUGGAGUAUGGAGGAUAAAAGCGUUAGAGGGAUCGGGUGGAUGGUUGGAAAGGACGACGGUUGAGGACAUGGAUAUUGCUGUGAGGGCACACCUUCAAGGAUGGAAGUUCGUCUUUCUCAACGAUGUAGAGUGCCAAUGUGAGUUGCCAGAAUCUUAUGAAGCGUACAGGAAACAACAGCAUAGAUGGCAUUCGGGGCCAAUGCAGUUGUUCCGACUUUGUUUGCCUGACAUCAUUAGAUCGAAGGUAAGCAUUUGGAAGAAAGGGAAUUUGAUUUUUUUCUUCUUCCUUUUGAGGAAGUUGAUACUGCCAUUUUAUUCUUUCACUCUCUUCUGUAUUAUUCUUCCCAUGACAAUGUUCAUACCCGAAGCUACACUCCCUUCGUGGGUUGUCUGCUAUAUCCCAGCAACUAUGUCGUUCCUCAAUAUCCUUCCAGCCCUAAAAUCCUUCCCUUUCGUUGUACCUUACCUCCUAUUCGAGAACACCAUGUCAGUUACCAAGUUCAAUGCCAUGAUCUCGGGGCUAUUCCAGCUUGGAAGUGCAUACGAGUGGAUUGUCACUAAAAAACUAGGGCGUUCCUCUCAGAGUGAUCUCGCCUUCCUGAUCGAAGAAAAACCAGAACACCAAAAGAGCGGAAUACAGAAGUUGCCGAAGGAAAAGAAGGCUUCGAAGAAGAAGAAGAAGCAUAACCGGAUAUAUACAAAAGAAUUGGCCCUCGCUUUCCUUCUCUUGACAGCUUCAGCUAGGAGCCUAAUGUCGGCUCAGGGAAUCCAUUUCUACUUCCUGCUAUUUCAAGGGAUAUCCUUCCUGCUCGUCGGGCUGGACUUGAUUGGCCAGCAGGUCGAGUAAAUGGACGUUCAUGUUGUAAUUGAUGCCAUAACAGAAAUGGUACAUGUAUAACAGCUGUGCAUAUCGAGACGACAACAUACACACACAUACACAUACAUUAGAAACACAAAAUACCAAGUUGUUCCUGGGAGAACAAGUUGCAUGGGAAAA